AUGGCAACAGUAAUUCAGAAAGGAAUACGAAGCUUCUCGACCGGCAGCUCGCUGUUUUCCAGGUGCAUUUCUCUCUCAGGGCUGGGCAAAUUUCGGCCCGGGCCUUUUGAGGACUGGACUUUUGAUCUACUUGCAAUGAUCCGAUUGGGCUCAAACUCAACAGGCUUCUUGGACAUGGAUUGAAGUAUAUUGGGCCCGAGUUUUAGACCGAUCGGACCACCUGGUCCCGAGAUAUACUGGUUUUUGGCCGAAAAGACCAGAUUUUUGCGAAAAUUGCGGCCUUUUCGGCCUCCGAUCUACAUAUCUCUGGACCAGAUGUUCCGAUCGGUCUGAAACUCGGACCCAAUAUACUUCAAUCCAUGUCCAAGAAGCCUGUUGAGUUUGGGCUCAAUCGAAUCAUUGCAAGAGGGUCAAAAGUCCUGGCCUCAAAAGCCUUGAAAAAGCCCGGGCCGAAAUUUGCCCAGCCCUGCUCACUUCUCACUUUAAACGGAUAGCAGCAGUUCAGAUUUCGAAGUGCGACGGCGCCAACUUUGAAGGAGAUCGGGCUUCUGCUCCCUCCUUCAACUAAUGGCCCCAUCUUCGAAGCCGGACAGGUGUUCAUCCACCGGACGUUCGCAUACAAAGGACUCGUCGUCUGCUCGUUCCCCUGUAGGCUUUACGAGAAAAGAAGCCAGCAGAAGUGAGUUGCAAUCACCUGAAAAUACUAUAAAAACACAAUUUUUCAGUGAAAAGCAUUUGACAACUCGUGAUUUCUAUCAAGUUCUGAUUCACCGUCAAGACUGGAGUCACAUGGGAUUCCCUGUUGAUAUCACGUCCUAUUUGGUGGAUGCGCCAAUGGAAACCAAGAGACACGGGCAGAAGAUGCUCACUCUCAUCAAGUGAGCCCAUUCUCUCUUUAUAUACCAAUGAUAAAACAUAUUCAGUGGAAUGGACUGCGUUUCUCACGAUGAUAUCAUCCCAUUCACUCCGACGGGCGGCGUAAACUUUGAUCACGACCUCUUCGACCACAUUUUCAAUGCCUCUCACGAUGGCAACGGAGCAUAUAACAUUGUUAUGAAGCCGGAGCUCGUGGAAAGAUACAGCAAUUCGAACCGUUCUUGGCUCGGACCCCGCGAUGUGUACAGGGAAAGAACGGAGAACAUCGAAGUGACCGUGAUGACGUUCUAUUUGGGUUCGAAUUCAGUGGGGGGACAGCCACAGCACAUGUGGAGAUACGUGAUCAGAAUCGAGAAUAAGAAGCCAGAGCAGGCAGUGAUUCUGCGAGAACGGACACUGAAAGUGUAUUCGCUGAACAACAUGAAUCAGAUGCACGGACACGGAGUCGUCGGAAAACAGCCUGAACUGAAUGCGGUUACACCGGCUUUCCAGUUCAGCAGCACGCUCGAACUCAAACAUACAAAGGGAGGACACAUGUGGUUUGUAUUAUAUGUCUGUUCCAUUACUCGUAAGUUAUCUUUGCAGGGGCCGAUUCAAGAUGGAAAGAGAGAACGGUGUGCUUUUCGACGUGCACAUCCCGACGAUUGUCUUCGAAUCGACGGACGAAGUGAGCGAAACUCCAGUCGCCACUCCCGAAGCAGCCUAA